AUGAUAUCUAUUCAAUAUUUGUUAAUUAAUAUUGUAUCGAUACUAUCGCUGGCUUCUGCUGCCUCUAAUGCAUACUUUUCCGAUGUUCAAUUAAUGGACAAAUAUACUAAUACAAACAACUGUACCGAUGUAAACCAUUGGUUCUUGAUUGAAGCCGAGUUAUUUGCAAGCAAAGGUCAAAAAGAUGAUAUUUAUUUAACUGUACCAACUGAAUUUGGUGCCUUACCAUCUGCUUUCGAUUUAUUACACAACGACAAAGUUAUUGGUGCUGUGACAUCCAACUCGUCUAAUAUUUUAACUGUUUCUUUCUCCGAUUCAAAUGCCGCUAAUUUAACUACUUCAUUUAACUUUUUGGUUCAAUUAACUAAUUCAUCUAAAUCUGCUAUUGAACACCCUCAAACUAUUGAAUAUACCUUCGACGUCUCUACAGGUUCUUCUUUCAAUAAUGAGAUUAAUUACUUAGCAAAGGAUGUCUCUGCUUUUUCUAGCAAUGGUGGUAUUUACAAAGAAAACAGCACCGCCUGGUUUACUGUUGAUAUCCCAGUUUCUGCUUUGUCCAACUCACUAUUUGUCGAAGCCAUGCCAGAAAAGAACGGUGAUUUUACAUACAAUACCGAUCUCACUGAAUUUGAAAUUGUUAUAGAAAUUGACAAUUUUAACAAUCCAAUUAAAUCUAUUCCAUUCACUACUGCCCGUGAUCUUUCUGAUGAAUCAACAAUUCGAGUUUUAUUUAGCACCAAUAUCAGCGGUGGUAAAUACUUGCGUAUGAAUUUCUAUUCAAACAAAUUAAAAUCAGAAACUAUAACCAAUCUAGUAACUUUCGCAAACACAUCUUCUCGUUCAUUAUCAAAAAGACAUGAAAUGUUUGUAAUUCCAUCCAAAUUACAUUCAAGAUCGCUGGCCAAUGUUUUUGUCUCAAAAGAUAGUACGGAAGUUUCCGGGACUGAAUCUGAUUACAUUCCUUCAUCUUAUCUAUAUUCUAAUGUUUCAAGCUCAGUUACAUAUAAUUCAGUUGAAGACAUUACCUCAUUGGACUAUGAAACUUCUUCUUUAGAUUUACAAACCUCAUUUAUUGAAGAUGAUGCCAGCUCCUCAUCUAUGGAAUCUUUUGUAAACACUGAAGUUGCAUCAUCUUACUCUAUUGAACAAUCCAAUGCUGUUUCUGAAUACUCCUCCUAUGGUGUCGAACAAUCUUCCUCUCCUGAAGAUGAAGGUACUUUAACUGAGGAAUAUGAAUCAUCUAGAUCCUCUGAGGCUGCUACCUCUGAAAGUAGUGAGAACUAUGAAACUUCUGAAUCUGAUGACAUUAUCGAAACUGUAUCUGAAUCCCUUUCUACAUAUGAAAGCACACCUUCAAGUUCUGAAAUUGUUGUUAUGUCAUCGAGCGCAAACGAAACAACGAGUUCAAUCCAAACAAUCGGAAUCGACGCUGAACUAUUAACACUUGCUGGUUCAUGUUCUAUGUAUUCUUCAGUUGUGACAUCCACUGUCGUAGAUUCAACAACUUUCUCCUCUGUUAUGACAACUAUCUCUGCUAGUACACGCUCUUCCACCUCUUCCUCUUCAUCCACCUCAUCCACCACGCCCGCCACACCCUCCUCUACUAUUGCUGAAUUAUCUACCACUUCCAAAUCUUCUUCCAUAUCUAGUACUAAAACUUUGUCGUCAGCUAGUGAAUACAGUGUUGCUUUAUCAAGUGCCAGUACAACUUCAACGGAAAGUAUUCUAACCAUAUCAUUACUAUCAUCGAACUUUGAUUCAACAUCUACAAACGCAAAGGCUGCUGGAGAAUUGACUUCUACAAUUGUAACUACAACUAUUAAUGGCGAAGUAACAACAUUCACUACAUUUCUAGCAGUUUCUACUUUAUCAUCAAGUGAUAUCACGGAUAAUACUUCAUCUUUCAGUGUUCCUGAAAUCAAAUCGACUGAAGUUGCAAUUUAUUCUAAUUCUACAUCCUUUGCGCCAGAAAUAAUCACUUCUUCUGAUGUUGAAAUGGUAGCCACUUUAUUAACCACCACAAUCGAUGGAGUUGUAUCUUCCUAUACCACUUAUUACGCUAUUUCGACUCUGAACCCAUCUCAAACUGAAAAUGUGGAUGCUAAUGCAAGAAGUCAAACAACAUCUACAGUUACUAACUCUUCUAGCAUUUAUUCUGUAUCUUCAGCAACCUCCCCAGCAGUAACCACAUCUGAUGAUAUUAUAUACUCUCAAACGGUUAUUACUACCACAUUUGAGGGUUCCCUAACAACAUAUACUACUUUCUAUCCAGUUUCGACCAUUUAUGCUAACACUAGUUCAAUAUCUACUACGUCUAGAUCGAGUACAAGUAAUGACAACGUCUCACUGAGUGUUGUUACUCAAACUGUUGAUGGAAUGAAAACUAGUUAUAUUACUACCUGUCCAUUAUCAAAGUCAACUAGUCAUACUAAGAACAUUGAUGCAGAAGAUUUAUCACAGCAAACUGACACUGUUUCAGGAUAUACUGUUAUCACAUCUACUAUUUCUGGUAAAGUUACAAAGUUUACUAGUUGGUAUGCUGUAAGCACAAUCUCUUCUUCCGGUACAUUGGUAAAAUCGAAGAGUACUUCUUCGGUAAUUGCUUUCACAGCUUAUUCUGCCACUGUUAUCACCACGACUAUUGAUGAUACUUUAACUACAAAAACAACUUCUGUCCCAUAUACUACUAUUAGCGCCACAGAUUUUACAACCUUAAGUCAAGAACUAGGAUACAAUGCUACUUUACAUUCUACGACAUUAAAAAACAGUAAUUCAAAGACAAUUUCAUUGGCAGCUGAUUUGAAAACAACUACUUCAUCUACAUCUGCAACAUCCAAACAAUCAAGUACUUUGAAAACAACAUCUUCAUCUUCCGACUUUUCUACAUUAAACAGCAUAAAAGAAAGUAGUUUAAGCGUUCCUACUAGUAUUUUAAGUUUAACUUCGUCAACAGUAUAUGGAAGUAAUACUGAAUCUUUGACCACUACAUCUACUGUGAGAGUAACAUUAGCUCCGGGUGUAGAUCAAGUCUCAUCGAUUCUUGGCCAAACUUCUUUGAUUACUUCUAUUUCAACAGGAAACUCAACUCAAGAAAUAAUAUCACAGUAUGAAGACUCAGCUAAUAUUAUUAAAUCAAACCUAUCAAGUUUGAUUGUUUUAUUAAUUGCAGCUUUCAUUUAA